AUUAUGAUUAACAGGCAAAUUACGUUUUUAGAGGUAGUAAUCCAUAGCUAAUGACGUGAAAACUACAUAACAGUGCAUUAAAAAAACUGUGAUUUGAGAAUGGUGUUGCAAACUCACGUAGUACGACCUACACACCAACAUAUGGAUAUUGCAUAUGUAAUCAGCAUUAAAAUAUUAGCAGUAACGGGACUAUGCAACGACGCAUACCAACGCAGUGAACAACAAAAAAAAAUAAUAAUGUGAUUCACACGUACCUUUUCGUAAUGCAUCAAAACACAAAAACAAAAAACCAAAAAAAUUUAAAACAAAUAUAGCGAGUACUAAAGUAACAAUAAAACAAAAAAAUUAAUAUCAAUAUCAAAGCAAGGAUAUACUGUAACAUUUAACUAAAUAUAAUAAUUUAAAACUACUACGAAAGAAAAUAAAAUUAAAAUAAAUGAAAAUGAAAAAAAAAAAAUAAAAUAAAAAAAAUAGAAUGAAACAAAAUACAAAAAAAAUACUUCGCGCAAACCUACAAGAAAAAACACACUCCGAUUUAAGACGUAAUUUAUUUACAAAAAAAGUUAUACACAAACAAACGUAAUUUAAGCGCUCAAAUGGAAAUAUAUAUAAAAUGAAUGCUAAACAUACAGAACAUUUUGCUUUAUAUUAAUGUUUAGAACAAACUACAUUUAAGCAUAAUAUUCAUUUCGCGCAUAUUCAGUGUUAAGUAUACUACAUACAUAUAUGAAAAUGCCUUCAAAUAGUGCAUAAAGUGUUAUCAGUAUACCCAAACCAAAGCGUAAAGUGAGUAAUUGUAAGCAAACAAAGUUUAAUAAAAUGACUAAAGAUUUAAAUUUUUAUAAAAAUUGAGGUAACAAACAAAUAUUACGCCCUAAGUAAAUCAUACAUCAACGAAUUAAAUAGAAGUGAUCACGAAUUUUUUGUAAAUGAAGCUGUAAAAUACCGAAACAACGUUUCUUUUUCGGCUUAAGUGUUAUUAGUGUGUUUUUGGACGUCAUUGUCAUUUGAUAUUUGUCAAAGUUUUAUGUAAAUGUGCGUAUUGUCAAAAAACGUUUCAUAUUUCUAAUAAUUGACAGUUAUUACAUUAUUGUGAAACAUAAUAAGCUAGUUAAAACUAAAAAUAUUUAAAAAGAUAUGGCUUAAGAAUACCAAGUAAAAAUAAGUGGAAACAAAAUCGUUCUAAAACUGAUUUUUUGCAUCUGACGCUGAACAUAAUUGAGGAAAUUAAGAUAAACCGUAAGCAUUUUGACAUGCUGUAGAUUUAAUAAAAAAACUUCAAUACAAAACAAAAACUGCAAAGUAUCUUCCAUGCUAUUGACAGUGUGCUGUAGUCUAUAGCGAACCCAUCAGGCACACAAAUUCAUAUGCUUUGAAACACUUACCGGUAACGCAGCAAUACUUGCGCAGGAAAGUCUUUGAAACAUUACCGCCGGACCACAAGGACAUUAAAUAAGGAAUAUGGCAAACAUAAUAUUGAUAGCUUGCCUUGCAGUAUUGGGCAUCAUAAUUGCUAUCGCGUUAUUCCUUGCUGGAGGCUAUCUCUGGUGGCGCCACAAACGUUCGCAGCUGCAGUUUAUCGAACCCAAUGAGGAUGAGGACUCCAGUAGUUAUAGUUUAAGACUACCACAAUCCUCUACUCAAGAGAUGCAGGAUGCAACAAUUCCACCUGCGAAAGUGCAACAACAGCAACAGACCACCGCACAAUCAUUAACAACACCAUUGCAAAAUAAUAUCAAUAAGAAAUUGAACGGAUUUCUCAAUUUAAAAACUCCCUUAAUUGGAACGGCAGCACCGGCUCAACAUAAGACUGUAAUCGGCUCAAGUACGAGUGCUGGCAAUGAGAGUGGUGGUGUUAAGGAUGGCACAAAUAAGAGCAUUUCUAUGACCGACAUGUAUAUAGAUAACUCCGAACCCAGCGAGAAUGUCGGUCAAAUACACUUUUCUUUGGAAUACGACUUCCAGAAUACAACACUCAUAUUGAAAGUGUUGCAAGGAAAAGAGCUACCAGCUAAAGACUUAAGCGGUACUUCGGAUCCAUACGUACGCGUUACAUUGCUUCCCGAUAAGAAACAUCGCUUGGAGACAAAAAUCAAGAGACGCACAUUAAAUCCACGAUGGAACGAAACAUUUUAUUUUGAAGGAUUCCCCAUACAAAAACUACAAUCAAGGGUCUUGCAUCUGCAUGUUUUCGACUAUGAUCGGUUUUCGCGUGAUGACUCCAUCGGUGAAGUGUUCCUACCAUUAUGUCAGGUUGAUUUCGCUAGCAAGCAAUCCUUUUGGAAAGCACUAAAACCACCGGCUAAGGAUAAAUGCGGUGAAUUGCUUUCAUCGCUCUGCUAUCAUCCAUCAAAUUCAGUACUAACAUUAACAUUGAUUAAAGCGCGAAAUCUGAAAGCAAAAGACAUCAAUGGUAAAUCAGAUCCAUAUGUUAAAGUGUGGCUACAAUUCGGCGAUAAGCGUGUCGAAAAACGAAAGACUCCAAUAUUUAAUUGCACACUCAAUCCUGUCUUUAAUGAGUCAUUUAGUUUCAAUGUACCGUGGGAGAAGAUACGGGAAUGCUCCUUAGAUGUUAUGGUAAUGGAUUUUGAUAAUAUUGGACGAAAUGAGUUAAUUGGAAGAAUUUUAUUGGCUGGAAAGAAUGGCUCGGGUGCUUCCGAAACUAAACACUGGCAGGACAUGAUAUCAAAGCCGCGUCAAACUAUUGUCCAAUGGCACCGAUUAAAACCAGAGUAAGCAGCACAAACACUGCAGACUAUGCGCCGCAAAGCAGCCACGAUAUGGGCUGAGCAAACGCGCCUUACUAUUCUUAUCAAGCAAUCCGAAAAGCUGUGCUAAGCCACAGUAUACACUAAUAUGCAGACAUAAGCUAAAAUCGAAAUUCACUUAUUACAGAAAAAAAUAUCAUACACAGAAUUGCGAAUAUCACUAUUAUUGUUAUUGCAGUUUUGGAAUUUGAUGUUGACAGUGCAAUUCAUAACAUACAUAUGUACAUACAUAUGGGUGAGUAAAACUAGCAUUGUAAAAAUACAUAUGAAAUAUUGUAAUCCAAGUAUUGUAUACAUAGCAUGUAUGUACAUACAUUUUACUGCUGUAUUUGUGCUUUUGUGUAUGUAGGUAUGUAGAUUUAUACAUAUGUAUAUGGGAUGGUGAUGUACAGUAAACAUUUGACAAUGAUAUACAGUUGUAGUUGCAGGUUGGACCAGCUGCACCAGUACUGAAUCGCACAACGGCGUACUCAAUGGAGUUUCCACUUUCUAACUACUCCAUGAGUAGCUGAAACAUAAAUUAUUCCAGCUGUCAUAGUCGACAGCACAUCGUGUAGAGUUUAAACAAAGUAAUAUAUUUUGGAGUGCUUCAAAAUUCAUAGCUCCUAACUAACAGCAAACACAACUCCCAUAAUUGUCUACAAUCGGCGAAAACAUUAGCACCUCUGCUCAUCAUAGUAGAAUGUGGUGGAAUAAUUUAGCUGCAACACAAUUUAAUAAGCUCCCAUAAAAUGAUGAGCUUCAUAAUUUACUGGAUAUCGGAGACAGACAUUGGCAGAGAUUUUUCACUUCUAUAUCCGCUAUUUCGAGCGUUUGUUUAUGAAAGUGAAAUUUGUGAAAUCUUUGCCUUGAUCUCGCAAAGGCAGCCCAUUCCAGUAGCAGGUGAUGAGAUGAUUCCACCUCGUUCUCCUCCAGGCAACUUCUAUAGCUAGUAUCCAGUAAGAUUUUUAGACACACAGCGUGGAACCACUUUGGACAAUCGCCAGUUAAAACCCAAACCACUAAGAAGUAAAUUACACCUCUCAUCAUCAGCAGACUUAAUCUUCCUGUCAGUUUUGAUAAAUUGUUUCAAUUAUAAACUAAACUAACUAACUCAUAGGCUGGUUAUCAGUCCGUAUUCUAGCUUUUCGGAAGCAGUUUGCUCUUUUAUGGAAUUAAAUUUGUAUGAAAUUUGACUUCUAAAAGCUCUUACCAAUUCAAAACUUUGGCUUAUAGAUAACCUCGAAUUUUAGAAGUUUGAGUUAUGAAGUUCAACUGUAUUUAAAAUAAUCAUAUUGGUCUUCAUAUUAAUUCUCGCACCAGAAAGUACGGGGGAGUUUAAUAAUAGUGUAGGAAACGUCGAAUGGAAAGGUGUCGUGUACCCUCAAUAAGGCUGUCGUUCGUAGUAGUCUGUGCCUAUACGCUUAACCCUGAGCGCUGAACAGCAGAUUGCUUAAUGUUACAUGCUGUCCAGAAAACCAUAUUGAAAUUUGUUUAUUUAUUCUUUCCACGCACAUUAUUUGGCACAAUUAAACAAAAAAUAACUCUAACAUAAGAGCCGGUGCGACUACCACUUUGAACCACCGCACAACAAUUGCAUGUUAUCAGUUGUUCUAUACUCAAUUACAGCCUUUGCGCGCAUCAGUUAAUUGAAGAAUUAACCGGCAUUUGCUCGAUUAAAGCGCUGAUUUAGAACCAUUUACCAUACAAAAGACAAAUCUCAUUUUACUACAGUAAUUUUUAAACGAAUACAUUUCAAGUUGAAACUGCAAUGCAGCGCUGCGGGUUGUUGUUCACGCUGCAAAUUUGUCUGUAUAUAUUGUUAAAAUAGCAAUCAGCGGCUGACCUUACCAACUUCUUAUGAAAAGUAAAAACUGAAAUGUAUAACAGCUGAUCAUUAAUCGAGUAGCCGGUUGUGCGAAAAAGCUAUUAAAAGGCAUUGAGCACUUAAUUGUGACUAAUUAUUAUUUAUAUUUUUGUUGUUUACAAAUUGCCAAAACACAAAUGCAUAAAUUCCACAUAAAAUACCACAAUAGUUUUGGUAUUUUGAGGAUACGUUUGAAGACAAUUAUACACAAACGAAUAUAUAUUCAAUGGAUAUGCCAUCAAUGCGUGCUUCAAAUACAUAUGUAUGUAUAUCUCCCGAUAAAAUACAACUUGCAUAAACAUUCUGGUAACUGUUAACUGCUGAGUUGUAGUAAAUUUAAUUUAAUCUGUUAAUAAUUCGUUAGCCAAAACCAGACACACCUUCAAUUCGAAGUUAAUUGAAAAAGCAUGCAUAUUUGUGUAUUUGCAGCGCUAAUAUAUAUUAUGCAUAUGUAAUUCCCACAUAUAUUAUAUCAUAAAUAUAACCAAUUAUUACCGAGUUCGUUGCAAAACGAGCACAAAAGCGUAACAAUCCCCACCGAUUGAAACUUCCAAAUGUAAUUUGCACAUCUGAGCCACUGUGUGCAUAUUUACCAUAUUUGUAAACAUGUAUGUGAAACGUGAAGUGCACGUGAAGUUUUAACACAAAAACACAUACACUGUUAUACAUUCGCUAUGUGUGAGUUAAAGCAAACUAUAUACCAUGCGAAUAUAGUACAAUGGUAUAAUUCAAUAAAUUAUGCGCUAUUUUAAUAUUUAAUAGUAGUCAAUUCAAGUUAAAAACAACACAAAUUUUUGUGCAUAUUAACUAAUUACAACUUACAAUAAUUUAAUGCACAGUACAAUACUAUCAAUUUGCUUCAGAAUAUUCAGGAAUUUCGAGCCGUUAUAUUCUGUUCGCACAUCAGUUAAUUGAACAAUUAGCCAGCCCUUUAUUUAGCUCGAUUUACCAUGCAAAAGCAAAUUCUUAUUUUCUACAUUAAUUUUUAAACGAAUACAAAUCGAGUUGAAACUGGAAUGCAGCGCUCCGGGUUGUUAUCGACGCUGUAAAUGUAGUUGUGUUUAUUGAUAAAAUAGCAAACAGCUGAUGAAAUUUACCAAUUUCUUAUGAAAAGCAAAAGCAAAAAUGUAUAAAAGCUGAUCGUUAAUCGAGUAGCCGGCGAAAAUCAGCUCAAUUAUCUUCUUAAUGUAUCAUAUUAAGGCCGUGCGAAAAGGCUAUUAUUAUAGGUUGCGAAUCGUACUACAAUUAUAAACUAGAACUAGGCACUUAAGCUCACUGUAUAUUCAAUUAGUCGACAGGGAGUGCAAAUAAAAUCGCGUCGCGCAGUUUCCCAUUAUUACCGUCGACGUGAGGAAAUGAAAAGUUAUGUGAUCGUCGGUCGUCCAUCACAAAGUAAUGUUUUUUCGCAACUAGAAGGCUAUUCUUAUAUCCAAUAAUUUUCUAACGAAUAAUUUAAUAAUUUCUCACGUGUGCCUAUGCGGUCCAUCACUGUUAAUAUUUUCUCAAGAGCAGACCUUAAAAAAUGUAUAUUGCAAUCAUUUGUUAAUAAAAAUAAUAAAUUUGAACAUUUCUUUCCUUUGCUGCGGCAAGCAAUUCGCCACAUAACAACAGACGAUCGCUGUAAUGUACAAAGCAAUCAGCAACGUUAAUGCAAUUGCUUAUGCUUUUAAGUGUAAUUUCACUUUACUAUCAAUUUCUGUCUGCAUAUUUUCCAAAUAUUAUUAUACUAUACAUAAUGCAUUUAUUGAAAAAGAAAUAGUUAGUUAUUGAAUUCCGCACGAGGCAAGUCGUUUUCGUGCUUAAUUACACAUAAUACAAAACAAAACAGGAAAAACGGCCACUCUCUCAGCUCUAUAAAGAAAUAUGUGAGAAAUAUUGCAAGUUUAGCACGCUAAAAAAAUCAAGUGAUAGCAAAUUCUUCUUCUUCUUAAAAUAAAUAUGUACUUAUGUUAGAUUAUUUGUGUUUUGACUUAUGAUGGUUUUCGAAUUGACAUGCUCUUGAAUCAUCUCACAAUGACAAACAGAAAAAAUAGAAACAGGUACACAAACAGAAACCGUUUAGACACAUUUUUAGUGAAAACUUAUACAUACACUAGUAGCCGGGCCACGCACUGCUGUGGAUAAGGUAUACAUAUGUAUGUUAAAUUCUAUUCUUGUUAACUAUUUGAUAAUCUUGAGGAGACUCUACUACUUUCGGUCAGCUUUAGUGGUUUGUGAUAAAUAUACAAAACUAACUAACAAUUAACAUAUGCUCUUCCAUGCCUAGAUCAUGUGUUUCGAUCUUUAUAGAUUAAAUUGUAGCUUUGUUAUAUCCCUUUUUGUUCAACUAUUUUGUAGUAGUUGCAUAAGUCCGAUUUUGGCCAUCAAGAACACCAACCUUCUCAUAGUAUCAAGGUUUAAAUAUGAGCUAAAUUAUAUUAAAAUAUCCAGACCGGGCAGACGGUGACCACGGCCCUUACCCAAAAAUGUGUUAAUCCUAAUGUCCUUUCGUGCUGUGAAUAUCUGUUGUAAAAGUCGUAACUAUUUUUGUAUAUUUUGCCGGUUUUGACUAUCUAUAACACAAUCUCAUUUUGCUAAUUGUAGCAUGUACGAAGUUUUAUUAAGAUAUCUAGAUUUCAAUUCUAAUUAUCGCUUGGCUCAUUGGCGGAAUGGACAGACGGAUGGACACUGCGACUAAAAUUUGAAAUAUAAACUAUUCUAUAUUUUAAGUUGGGCCGAGCAAAAUUUCAUUGAAAUCGGUUCAGUAGUUUAGGCGCCAAUUCCGGACAAACAACGUGACAUGAAAUUUUUAUAUAUAUAAAUAAAUCAGAUUUAUGGAAUGGACAGACAUUGAAAAGUAAUGCCUAACUGCUGUGUUUCGAUUUCCUCAAUCUCAAUAAUCUAGCGAAUUGCAUUUCAAGACAAAGUCAAUGGUCCUGCAAAAACCACUAAGCAGGCUUUGAAUUAACAACAAGAACGACAUGUAUUUUCGCUUCAUACAUAACUAGCAGACCGCUCCGGCUUCGCACGGGUUUAUACAAACAUUUCAAAUGUUUUUACACACUCUCCCAUACAUGUGUAUGUACUUUCCCUAGUGCGACCUUGUAUAUUUCUAAUAUUUUGUUCUUCAAGUCGCUGCACACGCUCCGUACUCGACUCUCAAGAUCGUACUUGGGAGGUUUUGAAAUUUUGUUCAGCAAGCAGCUGCGAGCGCUCGUUACUCGACUCUUUGGUACGCGAUUGCGAUGCGAAGAGAAUGACUUGCAAGACGAUUUUAUGUUUCAGAUUAAGAUUCUCCAUCACGGAGAUUCUAGCAAUAAAUAUAGCCUAUGUUACUCGGGGUGAAUGUAAUAUCCAAUGGUUAAAGUAUUUUUGAAAUCGGCACAGCAGUUUUUGACAUACAAAUCUUUCCUCUUUAUAAUAGUAGUAUAGAUCUCAAUUUCUCAUAGUAUGGAUCUUAAUUUCAUGUUCAUGAUAGUUCAAUAGAGCACGCGAGUUUGGCGAUUUCGCCGACAGUGGCUCUCUAGUGCAUGUUUUGUAAAUGGGCCUCUCGUAUUCCAUGAACCAGAUUUAUGUAUAUGUAAGUAAGUUUAGACUAAAAAUGUGUCUAAACGGUUUCUGUUUCUGUUUUUCAUUGUCAGAUAAGACCUUGAGUUCCCUAUGAACCUAUCAGAGGCCACUGACAGCUACUUUCGGCUUUGAAGUAGUUUUCGACUCUCCCUCUUCCAAUUUUGUUGCUCUAAUAAAGUAUAUUCUUAACUCAGAGCCCCAUUCAGCUCCCGGUAGUUAGUCACCUUUAAUGGUCCCAAGUUAAUAUCGGUUAAGAGGGCAAGGUGUGGAUUGACGCACGCUCUUAAGAAAGAAUGCGUUCAGAGCCGAUCAACGCAAAAGUAAAGAGUUGAAACGGUUGCAGUCUCUAUUUCAAUGAAUUCGGUUACAUACGAAGUAAUAGCUUUUGAUGUACGAAUGGAAAGACAAAAUUGAUGCAUCCUGCAUGCAAUGUCUUUAAAUUAAAAAAAAUACUAAAAUAUAAUACUUAAAAACAAAAGUAAGAUCAAAAUUAUUAACAAAUACAUUUAUAAACAAGCGAAAAGGGAGUAAAAUGACUGUGAAUGUUGCGUAUUAAAUGGUGGACAAAGUGAUUUUUUUUCUAUUCCUCAGUCGUUUCUUUGCAUUUAUUGUAUUCAAUACAUCUGACAUACUUACAUGCAUACGAAUUCAUUUGUAAAAUAAUACUUAUAUAUCAAACUAUUUGCUUGCAAACAAUUGGGACGGUCAGAAAACUAUGCAAUAAAAGCAAAUCAAGUAAUAAUCAGCAUACAUUCGUACAUAUGUAUAUAUAGGUUUAUGUUAAUAACAACAAAAUAUAAGGAUUUAUACAAUGAUAACAGUUAUUAAAAUAAGCAUACUUACAUUACAAGCAACGUAGUAUACAUUAGCCAUACUAAGUUUACAAUAACUCUGCUUUCCUGCUAACGAUCGACAAAAUAAUGCAUAACACAAAUGGAAUAAGAGGUUUUGAACAACGCUGAAAGCAGCCUACAGGAUUUUCCCAACACUUAGUAAGCUGUUGUUUAUUUUAUAUUAAAAGAAAUUUCUUAUUUUCAUGAAAUGAAAACUCGUAUUUUACUGCAUUAAUUUUUAAUCGAAUACACAUCGAUUUGAAAUGCAUCAGCUGUUGAACUUAUCAACUACUUAUGAAAAGCAAAGACAUAAAUGUAUAACAGCUGAUCGUUCAUCGAUAGCCGGCAGUCGUAAAGCAACAACUGAUUUUGGCUGCGCGUAAAGGCUAUUGAGAUUUCCUACUGGACUUGAACAGGUUAGCACACCUCUGCAACAAAUAAUUUUAGUUAAUUUCUAUCAAAACUAAAGAAGAAUCUGAAAUGAUUAAUGAUUAUUAUUGAAUAUUUUUUUUUUACUAAAUAAACAAAGUUUCAUUACACCUUUCUUCAAUAUUUUUUUUAACGAAAUAAAUAGAAAAAUUAGUGAUUUCAAUUUGGUCAUCAGGUUAGCACAUACUCUUUUUUUGCUUUUGUUAGAAAGAUAUUUUUGUGUAUUUGUAUUAAAUAUUUUAAACAUUUAUAACAUUUUUUAAUCAUGUGUCGAUAGGCACUUAUUGAGAAUUACAUUAAACAACCGAUUCGUCCAAUGUUCUAAUAUAAUUUCAGGAAAAUAAGGCCUUUUAAUGCUUUGCAUUUGAACAACUUUAGUGAUAUAUUGCCUGCGAGAUUCGUAAACUCUGUCAACCCAUGAUAUUCACACGUUUUCAACUAUACAUCACCAUGGCAAAUUUGCAAACAUAUUUUUAAAAUAGCUAAAUCAGUUUCAUGUACAUUUUAUAAGACUUUGCGGUCAUAUGCAUUAGUAUUCAAAAAUUGCAGUCCGCAUAUACCAUGGUAGAAGAUGACUAACCAACGACCAUGUAGUCAUUCCAGCUGAAGAUCAUGAAAAUAAUUGUAUCCAACGUACAAAAAGUACAAAAGAUUUAGUGUCAAUAAAUGUUCAAACUCCGAAGAUAAAUAUAGGGUAAUCUAUUUCAAGAUUCCCUACUUUUUUUUAAGCAAAAACGCAAAAUUCAAAUUUAUUGGGCAUUUUUUAUUAUCAUUCGAAAGAACAUUAUUUGGCUAUUAUUUUUUAAAGAUUAUCUCUUUGAAAUGUUGGCCAACACUACGUCUCAGAUGGUUCAUCCAUUGAGUCCAAUUUUCGAUGACUCGGGCAAUGUUUUGCUCCAAGGCCUGAAUCGAAGCGUUAUUGUCUGCAUAUACUUUAGAUUUCACAUACAUAUCUCCACAGGAAAAAGUCUAACGGAAAAAGUAUUUGUGGACAAGCGAUCUGCACAAAACCUGAAAUUAAAUCCAUUGAUUGAUAUGAUGUGUGGGAAGUGGCGCCGUCUUAUUGAAACCAAAUGUCGCCGAGAUCACGAGCUUCAAUUUCAGGCAUUAAAUUGUCGGUUAUCAGUCAGCGAUAACGGGUGCCAUUGACGGUUACGUUCUCACCGCCAUCAUUUUGGAAGAAAUAUGGAUCAUCGAUCCACCGGACAACAGACCACAUCAAACCGUUGUUGACUGUUUAUAAUAAAGGGUAAUAGGAAAAAAGAAACUGUUCAUACAUAGAUGAAAAAAUAGCAAAUCGGCAUCAAGAACAAAAAUAAUCAGUAGGAAUGAUAUUAUACUAACAGCUGGUAAAUUGUGUUUGUGCUUCAAAUGAUUUUUUGUUUUUGGUUUAAUGUGCAUUCUUUUGCCGUUCGAUUGUAAGCGUAAGUCUGGAGCGAAAUAUUGGAGUAAAUUGGUAACAAAUACGACAUAGUAAUAUGCAUGUAUGUACAUAGAUAUAUAUAAUUGAAUGGAUAUUAGCACAUACAUAUAUUUUAGUGUGGCGUAAAUGAGUGAAUUCUACAACUUUUGCAAAUAGAACUAAAAUUGCUGUGAUUGCUAUGCACGGGUUUUUCCAUUUGGUUUUUUGUUUUUCAAAAAUACAAAAAUAUCGUAAAGUUAAGACCAAAACAAAAAAUAAAAAAAAAAAUGGGAAGAAAUGUGCCAAAAAUGUUACGAUGUGUACAUAAAAGGGAACAUAUUCCAUAGAACAAAGCACUUUAAAUAAGUAUUGUGCAACAAAUAAUAAUAAUAAUACUUGAAUAACAUGAAUUCAAAUGUGCAUAUGAAGACCACAAAAUAACUGAUAAUUUAUAUUUUUGCAACUGAAAUGAAAAUAACUAAACCAAACCAAAGCGAAGUACAUACAUAUGUUGAAAAAGAUGCAAACGUUAUUAGUUCAAAAGUUUACGAAAAUAAUUAAAUAAAAUAACUAAUAUUACUUAAAAAAACAAAAAAAAGCAUGUUUGUUGAAAUAUGUGCAUAUGUAUGUGUAUUAUCAACACUGACGUGAGAGUAUAAAUAAACACAUAUACAUAAAUAUACAUAUAUAUGUGAAAAAUUGGGCUCGGACGCAAUACAAAAAUAUAUACAAAUAUGUAUUUAUUUGUAUUUACAUAAUAUAUACAUAUAUACAUUACAUAUAUAUAUAUAUGUUGCUGUUAAUUUUGUUAACUCGUUAAAUUUUAACUUUUAAGCCUUAAUGUUGUUUACAUGUUGCCAUUGGUAAGCAAACGAUAUUUGUUGUAGCAACAGCACUGUACUAAAACCAACUGAGCAACCAAGUGUUGGUGAAAAUUGUAAUAAUAAUAAUGAAUUAUUGUAUUUUUUAAUGUUGUUAUAUUUGUUAUUGCAAUUAAACAAUUUUACACAAGCUAGCAAACAGUUUUGCACACUUUUCAAAUUCAUAUGUGCGUUUAUUUUCACAUAUACAAAUAGUACAUAAUAUACAUAUAUGCAUUUACACAGAACUCACUACAACACUGUGCUGGUCGUCAAUUCUAAAGUCGUUGUAAAAUCAAUUAGGCAAUUCACAAGCUUUGUUGUAUGUCUUAUGUCAUAUUUUGAUCUUCUUAAAAAAUACGACACUUGUGAGCACCAUUAAUUGUUGUAUGUCAUAUUUUGUCAUAUUUCUACACUUAAUCAUAGCGAUUUUUGCUGAGGCCAAAACCAGAAAUAUGUCCGUAUUUUCCAGAUAUAUACAAUGUGCGGUAUAAAUCGGUUGAGAAGUGUUCGGGCAGAAGGCCACGACCACUGACCGACCCAAAAAAACCGGUUCUUCACAGAAAACCGACUACCCACUCGUCGAAGUUUUGCCCCAAAGCCCCGCCCACACUGCCAUGAGUGUGUCCCAAAAAAACCGCUUCCAAAAAGUAACCGGUUACUGCAGUACUAGGCAUAUGCCGCAAAAAACCGAAAAAAUUCGUCAGCAAGUGGGUAGGGGUAUAGAAUAGAGAACUCAAGAAACAUACCACGCAGUGUUGUAUCAGUCAUAUUUUAAUUUUGCAUGUGAAACAACAACAGUGUUGGUAUGACAGUCAUAAAAAAAUAUGACAAUAUGACGAUAUGACACACUAUGACACCUUGUGAAUACCCUAAAUGGCUCAAAGCAUUGUAUGUCACAUUUUAUAAUCUCAGUUUUUAUAUACACGGUGUAAAAAAAAGUCUGGGUACGUAUGUAGCGAGCAGAACUUUGAAAGAUAAUUAGGUUGAUACGCUUGCUCUUGCAAGAUUUCAUGAAAUGACAAAAAUUCUACACCAAAAUAUGCAGAAAACAAAAUAUCUGCAAAGUGUAUGUGUGUACAAUAGAAUACCGAUUAUCCUGUUAAAAAGCGGGGAAUCCGUAUAAUCAAGUUCAAAGUUGAUUUUCGACUAAAAUAAAAGUUUGACCAAUUAGGAGAUUUAAAAAAUUAACUUUAUUCCAAAUAAUUCAAUAAACAAAAGCCACAGAAUUCAUUGUCAUUUUAUGAACAAUUAACUAAAAGAGAAAAGGUCUCUGCUCAUAGAGCAAAAAAACAUGAUUAGGUGUGGAAAGUACUAAUAUCCUCUGAUAGAGCCCAUAAAUGCUCAAUUGGAUUGAGGUCAGCAGGUAAUUGUGGUGGUGAAUGUAGCUGUUUUGGAGCAAUGUAAAGUAGGCAAAUACGAACAAGUUCCGCUGCAUACUUAUGGUCAUUGCCCAGUUGGAAGCUACUCCACUAGCUGUCAUAUACCGCCACAAUUGAACUCCACCACCCAACCAUGCUUUACGGUUGAAGAAAGAUUUCGUGCUUCAAAGGCCGUACCAGUUCUACACCAUCUGUCUUCCUUUUAUUCUCAAAAUACAAUAUUUGGUCUCAUCCGACCACAAAACCGAUUUACAGAAAGAUAUAGCUUUGGUAAUGUGUUUGUUUGCGGAUGUAAUGCGCUUCAUUCGAUUUUUUAACGAAAUUGAUUCCUUUUUGCGUGCCACUCGCCUAUGAUAUUCAGCCCUUUUUAAUAUUUUACCUUCUGUGUCUCUAGAUAUUGUUUUUUUAAAUCGUAUUUUAAUAUCUUCUGCUAUUUGGAAAGCGGUUAAACGCAGAUUAACCUUUACAAGAGAUACAGCUUUGCGUGUCUCCCGACCACUCAAUUUUCUCGGACCUCCAGAACGAGGCAAUCGGCUAUUCGUAUAAUCGAUGUUUGAAUAAGCGUGACACUAUUGUAUUUGGAAAACUUUAUAAUCCAUGCAAGACUUCUGCAAGAGCAAGCGUAUCCACCUAUUGUAAAUGUGAAUCCACAUUUCUGCAUGUAAGCUUAUAGAAAUACUGGAGUCGACGACAAUGUGGUGGAACAUAGCAUAGUUGGAAUGCUUAUUCUAAAAUCAUAUUUUUUUGGGAAAUGUGUUGUACCAUAGCAUGUUUGUUGAAAUAUGGGUAGCUCGAUAAAAAUUUAUAAAAUCAAAAUUAGAGUGUAAUCAAAAUUGUCAAGCGUGAAAAAUGAAUUAUUAACUCUGUAAACAUCACACCACGCCAACGAUGUACAGCUGUACUGUUCAUCUCAGUUUAUACAGUAGAAAACCUUUUUUGUUUACAUUAAUUUUCAUCUUUUAACACACCACCGAGGCGUACUUGGGUUGUGUGCUACGCUUUUUUGCUACAAUUGUGGUAAUUAGGGUGUUGUGAUAGCAUUUAAUCUUCACAAAACUUUUAAAGUCCGAUGAACAGUACUUAAAUAAUUAUUAAAUAAAAUAAAUUUUUUCAUUAUUAUUGGAAUUAUUUCGGAUAUUUAUUAAUUUUUUUUGGUGGUAUUAAGUGUUAUUUAUUGAUAAGUUAGUUAUAUUUUAGGUACAAGUGUAUACCGCGAUUCAACUAAUUUUUAAAUAUUGAAUUAAAAUAAAUACAUCCCUGGAUUUGUGACACUGCAUUUGGGGCUUUCAAAUUAUAAAAGAUUUAAUAUUACUAUGAAAUAAUUUGAAAACUUUUCACUAAAUAACCUUGAAAGAGUAUGUAUGUAUGGUUCAAGAUAGUUCUUGUAAAACUUUUCAAGCAUUGGCAAUGCCUUCCAUAGAUAGUCAGCAAUCUAUUAGACAUUGUAUGGAAAUUGAUAUAAUUGAAAACGAUUUCCUUCAGAGAAAUUCAUUUUUAUAUUUAUAUGGUUAUAUGUAUAAUGAAUAUUUUACAAUGCACAAUUGUUUGCUGUAUUUAACAUUAUUCGAGAAAGGGUAGAUCUCUGAACACGCCUAUACUUUUACUAAAUAAAAAGUGUAGGAUUCGUCAAACUUAGUAAAAGCUCUUGAGCUUUUUAUAAAUUUCAUAAAAAAAGUUAUAUUAGUAUUAAAUGACGAUUUUGAUUCUUGUUACCUUGGACCCGAUGGUUUGAAAUGCCUAUUCAAUAGGAUCAUGACAUAUUUUGUUUUAAAAAUGUUUAAUAAGGAGGCAAACACGUAUCAUUUCAAGCUUAUAAAACUUUUGUGUACUUCCAAGCUUUGCAAUUCAAAGUAUUUUAAAUAUAAUUGUUUGUAAUAAUUCAAGUAAAAUCUAGCAAAAAUGGAUUUUUUGCUAAUUUUGUGCCAGUUAAGUUUAAAUAAAUGUGGGCAAAAAUACCGUACCACAGAAAAGUACUUGUAUGAGAGCUGUAUUUUAUUCUCACCACUUAUGAAAUAUCUCAUCUACAUUUAAUAACUUUUUUGCAAUAAUAUGGCAUACAUUGAUGUUAAAAUCUUCUAUAAUUGAAAUAUAGUAUAAAUAAAUAAUUUCGCUUUAUAUAAGACAGCUAUAUACAUAAUAUUUGCUAUUUUAUGACUAAAGUUUUACUAAAAUGAAGUACUCAAUAUAUACAGCACUGCGUUUUUCCAAGAUGGCGGCUAUCUUACCACCGAGAAUUCCCCACGAAUAAGGUUUUCUACUGUAUGUACUGUGCUGUUCAUGUUAUAGACUCUGCUUUAAUCUCCGCUCCACUAUGAACACCACAUAAUAUAUAUUAUUUUUGAAUAUGUACCAAUGUGUAAAAAAUUACGAAGCACCCGUGAUUCAUAUAGCAAUAAAAAUAGCCUAAAACUAUUGGUAUGUUUCCAUAAUUUCUAACUGCGAAAUGAAAACGUUUAACUCUUUUUUUAAGCCGUAGGACAAGCCAUGGUGGUAGUAGUUGGAGUAAUGUAUAUUAAUGUUUUAAUUUAUUUUGUACUGUUUUUUUGUGUACAGCACAGUUGCCUUCACUAUUAUUUAAUAAUAUUUUCAGUACUUUAAUUCGCAAUAUCUUGACGAUUUCCAAAACAAAGUAUGUUGCUUGAAACGUCUCCGCGAAAAAUCCUGCCAGAUCUUGUGUAUCUUGAGUAGUUCACCGUCAUGUAGCUUGUUAUAUAUUAUUUUAUUUUUACAAUUGCUGUUUAACAAUAAUUAAAUUUUUAGCGUGAGAAAUGUUUAAUAGUUAAAUAAUUACACAACUUUUAUAUUGAAUUCAAUGCCACUGAGUACAUGAGAAAGAGAUUCAAAACCAAAAAUGCCAGCAAGCUUGUACAAGUAUUAUUCCGUCAAACUCUAGGGUUUCAACAGCAUGAUAGCUUUGCGUCAAAAUACCGUAUGCGAUAAAGGACUAAAGAUUAAUUAGACGAAAAGUUACUGCCAGCACGUAUAAUCAAGAAUGAUAGAAGACAAGAUUACGACAGGCUGAAGUGCUGAACACAAAGACGACGACACGACACGACGUACCGACGGCUGAUCACAAAUGUCGCUUUGAAGCCAGCGUCUUGAACAUUUUGAAGACGGCAGCGACAUAUCAAAAAGCAAUUUCAUUGUUGCCGUACUAAAAUCUUUCGCUUCAAUAAAAUUUACAUAUUUAGUUUAAAGUGAAAUUAUUUGUGCAAAAAAUGUAAAAAUGGUUGAUUUAUUUGUUUUAAAUAAUCGAUUGUUAUUAUGAAUGAUAUAUCAAAGUUAUUUUAGGUUUCUGCUGGCAAAAUAAUGUCAUACUUGUUAGAACUUUGAAUAAUUUUACAUUUCACAUAUUAGUGGCAGCUCCACAGCGGCCAUUGUCGUCGGCAAAAUUAGAAACAUUUCUAAUUUGGCGACAGCGAAGACUUCAACCCUUUUGUCGUGAAGUCGUGCUGUUGUCAAAAAAUCUGUGCCCAUAAGAACGCGUGUAUUUUAAUAUUUGACAGAUGUCGCUCGUCGCUUGUCGUCUUUUAUGUGUUCAGCACUUGAGCGUUCACGACCAACGAAUGGGAAUAGGCAACAGAAGAAUUGUCAAAUGGAAAACGGAAAUGUGAAACAUAGUGAACCAAAUUGAAUAAUGUGCAGAUAAAAUAUCACAAUGAACGUAAUUCUUAAAAUCUUCAUUUAUAAAAUGAUCUAAUAUAAUCAUGCAUAUUUAUAAUUAAAAUUAUAUGUUUUGUUACAAAAAGUUCGCCAUUUUGCCAACUUUUUUGUUGGUUGGAAAAGUGAGAAAAAAAUCUUUAUAGACGACUUUAUUGUACUAUUGUUGUUUAAUUCCGCCAUUGCGGACUUCUUUUUCAAAUUAACACAUUUUUCACUUAAAAUUUUAAUAAAAAUUAAAAAUGUUCAUGCACCAACAAUACCCGAACUACCAGCCCAUUCGGCUCAAGCGCUCAAACUGGCAUUCGUGAAUAUUUUCGCUACUGAGCUAAAUUCAGCUCAAUUGCGGUAAAUUCGUUUGCUUGCUGAGUUUAUUCACGCUCGUGUUGAAACAGCUCUACUAAGGCGUUCGCUCAUUGGGUUCAACAAUGAUCGUGUUGAAUGAAAACAAAAACACAAAAGAGCAAACUCAACGCCUAUGAGCAAACUCAAUGGGUAUGAGCAAACUCAACAAUAGAACACAAUGUGUACCUAAUUCUUAGUGCAAUGCAUGUGACGCAUAAGCUGAUCGCGAACAAAUCAUACAAAAACAAUAUACAUACCAGAGAACUGCAAAACUCACUUCUUCCUUGAAUCAGCUCAUACGCAAAAGUUUCUAUUCACUUCCAAUCACUGAGCGAAAGUGAGCUAAAAAUUUCGUGAAGUGAGCGAACGUGAGAUAAACAUUUCGUGAAGUGAGCAAACGUGAGCAAAGCAUUUCGGACCGAAGGCUCGCAUUGUACGCGAAUGAGCGGUGCGGCAACAUGAGCUGAUUUUUACACAACGCUGUGUUUCGUUCAGUGAUUGGAAUUGGAUAGAAACUUUUGCGUAUGAGCUGAUUCAAGGAAAAAGUGAGUUUUGCAGUUCUCUGGUGCACACUUCCAAACACAGUUUGAUUACUAAAGCCAGUUCUACCUUCCUAUAACGGUAGCUCGUAAGUUAGAAGCUAAAUACGUAAGUUAGAAGCUUUUUUGAAGAAUAUACUAAUUUCCUUCCAAUUUAAUACUAUACGGAGGUCAUCAGAGUUGCAUGUAAUAAGACAAAUCCAGAGUUAAAGUCAACUUUUCUACAAUGCAUACAAUAGUCAGAAAAAGUUUGCGUACAGAUAUACAUACAUAUAUGUAUAUUAAUUCCUGCUACUCCUGCAAUGAGCAUAGCGCCACUUGCGUACAACUAAAGUGGGUAUUAAACUAUUUAAAAAACUUUUAUAAAAUGAAACAUUUGGCAUAUAAAGAUGGUGAGAUUGUGAUGAUGUAUGUAAUUGCUUUGGUACAUUAUAUAACCACCAGUGUGUUUCGGUUCGUUAAUCCUUUAAAAAUUAAACACAUUUUCGGGACCAAAUUUUUUAGCACUUGGCUUUAAAUUUGCGUUUAGCAUAUUAAGAUACAAUCCCUUAUCCAUAUUAGUAUCAAUAAAUUCCAGUUUAUCGACGUCAGCACUCGCCAUACACCGCCACGCCAUAAUACGACCACGAUGGGCGCCAGGUAUCCGUAAGCUCGGUUCGCUCGGUUAUUUAAGUUCCCUCAGUAACGCUGAUCAUCGGCAUGGGUCGCAAGAUACCUUGACACAGCCCUUCUUUGUAUCCCAAAAAUAGUAAGACUACACAUUUUGAAUGCUGUGCUAUUGAGGAGCAGCAAAAACUCAACGAUAAAGUCAAACCUUAGCUAGAAACCUUCCGACUGCAACGUGGGCGAACUGUUUCCAGCUCGUUCAUGCACCAGUCGAGACUCUAUGUUAUCUAUUACCAGUCGGCGCUCCCUGGGGAGGGUUCAGCGGGGGAUUUUUGUCUACCUUUUUGCCAGUAUACUCAAGUCGAUGUUUUUUUUAACAUCCUUAACUUACCCAGCUUAGAAGUCACUGCGCUACUCGUACCAACUGUGUACGCAAACUUAUUCUGCGACAGAUAUAGAUUAUAGAUUAUAUUUAAUUGAUAGGGGUUCUAGUGGAAUUGGCUACUGUGUACACAAACUUAUGCUGACUAGUGUAUAUUGGAAAUCACUUCUAUUUAUUCUUUGGGUUUCCGAAUUGCUUGCUUUUAAUAAUAGUGUGAAUUCAAAGUUAGCAAAUAUUUGGUGUUGCAGGAGACUAAACGCCAACAUUUUCAACACUGCGUUGCAUCAAGAUUUUGCUGCUACAUUUUCUUCCGCCAUUAUAUAGAAAGGGAAAGUUAGUACUUGUAUAUCUAUUUAGGGGAUAGGUAGAUUUCAGCGCCUGAAAACAAUGGCAUUUUUUAAUAUAUAUAAUCAAUGUUUCAUUUAGACAAAGGUCAAAGGCUCUAUCUCUUUGAUUAAAUCGCUGAUUUAGCUCGAUUAAAUAUAGAAAAAUAUUCUUAUUUUACUACAUUAAUUGUUAGUCGAACAAAAAUCGAGUUGUUUAUUGAUAAAAUAACAAUCAGCUGAUGGAACUUAACAUCUUCUUAUGAAAAGCAAAAAUAAAAAUGUAUAACAACUGAACGUUAAUCGAGUAACCCACUGUGUGAAAGGCAAAAACUGAUUUUUCAAUAAUAAAAUUAAUGUAUUCAAUUAAUUUCGCUGUGCGAAAAGGUUACAAGUGUAUUGUUUAAAAUUAUAGGCAAACAUUAUGUACAAAAAUAUGAGUAAAUAUUACGCUAGCGUGGCACUAGCCCGUUAAAGGCUCUCUGACAUAUCUGAAAGUUAGCGUGCAACUUCAUUAAAGUUAACUGUAUGCAAUUGAAUAUUUCAUGAAACUCUUUGCUUAAAUUGUUUUUUAUUUUUGAUUUCUUUAAACUUUCCAAUAAAAUAAUGUUUUUUUCCAAACCACUAACUACUUAGUGGUGUCACGUGAACGAUUAUUUUAUUCAUCUAUUUUUAUUUUUCUGUAAAUUAAAAAAAAAAAUUGUUAAGUUCUAUAGUACCUUGUGAGCAACUAUGUGCGAUAUGCUAAAGUUAGCACAGUGUACCCAGUAACUGCAUGACUUUAAACUUACGUAAGAUGUUUUAAAUAAUAUUAUAUUUAUGUUCAUCAAAUGUACAGUAUAUAUGUAAAUUAUUUGUUUUUUUUUUAUACCGACACCCAAAGCUACCAUAAGAAUGCAAUAAGCAGCAUAUGUCCGUAUAUUUGUUGUUUAAAUGCAAUACGAGUGCCUCUUUGUAAAGUAGGUAAGCAGUUAGAUGUGGACGAUUCACAUGCAGUGAUGUUUAAAUAUAAGCGCGUUAUUGCUGCAAACUAAUACAUAAACAAAAAACGCAAAAACCCUAUUCGUUCAUAUGUGAAGAAAUUAAAUUAGUAUAACAAAGUCAAACAAAAAGCGCAACAUUAUAAAAAAAUUAAAUUAAAAUUAAAGAACACACACAAACAAGUUUAACUUAAUUACAAUAUUAAUUUAGCCGUAAGUGAAAUUAAAAUCGAAGAAUCAACCCACCUUAAAAUUACAUAUUGGUUAUAUACCUGAUAAACUUAACUUAAUAUAAAGAUAACCAAACAUUAGCGUUGUAUUAUAGUUUUUAUUAUAAUAAUCAUCGAGAGAAAACAUUAUUAUAUGCAACUAUCAUGGUAAUACUAUGAAAAAAAUACAAAUAAACCAAUCAUAUGUGUUAACGAAAGAAUAAAAAAAAAAUAAAAACAAACAUAUAAAAAACAUUAUAUGUAUAUACGCAUUCGUAAUUGCAAAUACCAAAGCGUUCAUACAUACAUGUGUACGUAUAUGCUUAUGUAUUAAUUAUUAAUGAAUAAUUAACAAAAAAAUUCGAACGAAGCCGAACAAACAAAUUGCAUAAUGGCAUACAUAUUUGUAUUUAUGCGAAAUACAUACAGUGGCAGUCAAAAGUAUUUACAAAACGAACGUGCUUUGCACAUGCCACAGAAAGUUAGGGCUGAGUUAGGUUAUGUUAAAGCUCCUUUUUGCAUAUAGUCAAACGCUUCUCAUUUGUGUUAGAUUACAUCAUGAAACCUGUGCAAUUUUGGUAUAAUGUGAUAGAUUAGGCUGCUUGUUCGUUCUCGGGUAUUUAUUUGCCGCGUAAGCAAUAGAAAGCUGCAAUUCAGCCACGAAACAGAGUCGUAGCUGACAUGCUGCUUCUUGGAAAAGAUUAGCUUAAUUCGUUUUAUUUGUACUUAGUAAGUAAUUUUUGAAAAUUAAUUUAUGGGCCCUAAAUCAAUCCGGGUAUACUACAAUUUACAUGCCCUGAAUUUUAUUGACUGGAUUUUACAAUAGCUGCCGAGAUGUUCCGACCUUAGUCUCGCGAACGCUGGGCAGUGUAGAAGGAAAUAACUUGUUGUUUCUUCCUCGCCUUCCUCCAAAUACUUAUGGCAGUUUGCGUCCGGCAGGAUUCCUAGCCUUAUCGCUUGUAUGUACAUUUCGCAGUGUCCCACUAUUGAACUUCUUUGGGACAAAAGAAACUCGCAACCGAGCAGGUUUUAGUUUUUAACGAGAGUUUACCAAGCUUGCAAGAGGUCCAUUUUUGCAGUGCUAGAGCAUGAUCAAACACUAAGACGGGUGCCUCUUCUUGUGACCUCAUCCGCUCUGCAGUUCCCAGCGAAGCCGCUGUGAGCUGGCACCAAUACGAGUCUGAUAGUAAAAAAGUUCGACGCUAACGUUAAUUACCUACACUCCUUACUAGCUUGGAUCACACAUUUAGCGAACCAAAAAUUUCCGCUCUGCUAUCUACAUAUAUUCUGGUAACCUGAAACUAACUCUAACCUUCGCCCCACUUAUCGAGCUAUUCGUGAAAAUGCAAGCUGCGCUUUUCUCCAAUGACUUCGUCUUGACCACACUUUCCUCGGGAGAAAUGAACGGAGCUGAAAAAUUUCAAAAAUAUCAUUGGGUAAGGACCGGAUAAUGAAGUUGAAAUUGUACUUUGACUACCGCUAAUUGCCAGUUUAUUAGCUUAGUUUGCUGUCAAAUGUAACGCUAUCUUUAUCAAAUGUACCGCAGUGGCUUAAGCAUAUAUCAAGAUUUACAACAACAAAAAAUAAAAGGCUAUUUCUGUUGACUUUGUAAAAACCCUCGUUGUGUAAAUACUUUUGUGACUACCACUGUAUGUUACUUGUGUUAUAACCAAGCUUAAUAUGCAUGUACUUGUAAUGAAAUAUAGUUAUAUGAAAUGCACAGAGUAUAUUAAAUACAUCCAUAUACAUAUAUACUAUUGACAUGACAUGUUGAGUUUAUACUAUAUUUAGUAUGUAUAGUACAUAUGUGAGUUUGAUUUUGCUUAGUUAAAACAUGUCACGAAUCUCAGUGUGAUUUCUCCGAAUUGCAGCAACACAUUUUAUAAUAAAUAAAAGUCCUACAAAGUCCAAACUGUUUUAAACAAUUAAAUUUCUUUUCAAGUUAAAAACGAUAAAAACAAAUAUUUGUGUUGUACGUUUUGACAAUAAUUUGUACUUUGAGCCAUUUUUUAAGCAGCUAUGCGCUAAUUAAACGGGAUAACUUUGUACUUGUUUUUAUAUGUAAGUUUUUAAAUUAAACUUUUUAACCUCAAAUUAACGUACAGAGAAAUGGUAAUUCGAAGACAGCUAGUAUUCCUAAAGAUAUGGACUUGAAACUAAACGAUGCAUAAUUAUAACUUGGGGAAUGUAAGACUAACUCAUUCCAACGUAUAUCCUAUAGAGAGUACCAGGUGUAUGCACUUUAAAUAUGAUUAGCACAAUUUUUUUGGAGCGAAUAAUGUUGUUAAAACAAACAAUGAAAUUGAAAGGUAAUUAAAACGCUAAAACUUUCAUAUACAUACAUAUGUAUUAAAAAAUAUUCUAUGUUAUGUAAAAUGAUAGCGCCAAAUUGAUGAAAUACGCAAAUUAUCAAUGAAAUUGGCGCUCAUUUAAAUACUUCUUCCCAUUACUAAAAAAAUAAUAUUUUAGGUGUGUUUCUUAAAUGCUAGUAUCAGCUAUCAUGCCGAAGAAGCGUGAGAAAAUGUAUCAAUUACUAUAGCAGAGCGCAAGACAAAGAAAGAAUAAAGAAACGGAAAACUCGCAGAAAUCAGCAAGAAAACAACAGCCAUAUAAUCUUACGGACCAAACACAAUUUGUGCAAUCAUUAUUUUUAAAUGAACAACACAAGGUUAUUGCAACAAAUCGAAACUAUUAAAACAAAUGAAAUUGAAACAAAUUCGUAUUGAACAGUUGUUGUUGCAAAUUCCGCUUCUUUCUGCUAAUUUUUUGUGUUCAGACGCGCUUUACCAGCAAAAACUUGGCUAACUAUACAGUAUACGAAACACAUUUUUUGAUACGUGUGCCAUAACAGAAUACACAUAUGUAGUAUAAAUAUUGCCAACUCUUUUGAAGUUCCAGUAGAUCCAUGCUGAAUAAAAUGGAUGAAAAUUGUUAAAAUUCUAAUGUUGUGUUUUUUGUAUAAAUAUCAACGGUCCGUUUACACAGCUAAUAGCUUUUUCGCACAGCAGUUAAUUGAAUAAUUAACCGGUAAAGCGGUGAAUAAGAUCGAUUUACCACACAAAAAAAAAAUCGUAUUAUUGAUAAAAAAGCAGAUCCGCUGUUGAGCUUACCAACUGCUCAUGUACAGCAAAAACAAAAAUGUAUAACAGCUGAUCGUUUUUCGGCAGAGCGAAAGACAAAACUCUUGUCUCAAUUAUAAACUAAAUAUAUUCAAUUAAUUUGGCUGUGCGUAAAGGCUAUAUGAAAGAGUUGCAGCCAAUGUUAAUAAGCAAAAGGCUGUAUUGCAUUCAAGAAUGAUAGAAGACAAGAUUACGACAGGCUGAGCGUUCACGAACAACGAAUGGGAAGAGGCAACAGAAGAAAUGUCAAAUGGAAAACGGAAAUGUGAAAUAUAGUGAACCAAAUUGAAUAAUGUGCAGAUAAAAUAUCACAAUGAACGUAAUUCUUAAAAUCUUCAUUUAUAAAAUGAUCCAAAAUAAUAAUGCAUAUUUAUAAUUAAAAUUAUAUGUUUUGUUACAAAAAGUUCGCCAUUUUGCCAACUUUUUUGUACUAUUGUUGUUUAAUUCCGCCAUUGCGGACUUCUUUUUCAAGUUAAUAUUUUUCACUUAGAAUUUUAAAUAAUAAUUAAGCACUAGCCUUGACUUCAGCUCUUUGUUUUGGUUUUAUUGUUUUGUACCACAGUGCAAUUUUGUUUUGCUCGCGUGUUCGUGGUCGUGAAACUUGUCACUCAACAGGAACUCAAAACUCAAAAUAACUAACUGUAAACGCCUGUCGUAAUCUUGUCUUCUAUCAUUCUUGAUUGCAUUGCAAGUUGUAACAGAGUCACCGCCUGUCACGCAGUAUCAUACAGUCCAAGUAUGCAUUAUGUUAAAUAAUAAUUAAAUUAUUUUUAAAUUAAAUUUUUAUACAUAUUGUGGUCGGCUGCUGAAUUUUUUUAAACAAGUGUCAAUUAAGCAGACAAUGGAACCAAUGGCUCGUAUGAGCAAGGAUUUCGCCGGAAUGGUUUACGCGCCCACUAAAAGUGAAGCUACAGCGCAUUAUGCUGACAAGUAGUGAUGAGCGAUAUUGCUAUUUUUGAAUCACUGUGAUUUCAAUGAUUGCUACUUUUAAAUCACUGUGAUUUUUUAUUGCUAUUGCGAUCACAACAAAAAAAAAUGAAUUUAUGAGAAUUUGUACUCCAUUUUUUUUUUAAUUUUAUACAUAUACAUUUUUAUUAAUUUUAACAAUAUCCAAAAUUUACCUGCUUUUGUAUUCACUAUUAACUAAUUAAUAAAUUUUGGGUACAUUUAACUGCUUUUGUAAUCACCGUAUCCAAAAUUAUCGAAAUCACAACUAAAAUUCUUACUGUGAUCACUAAACUGAUAUUGGUACUGAACGGUGAUUGCUACUUUCGAACAGAUAUUGUUACCGAACAGUGAUUGCUACUUUCGAACUGAUAUUGUUACUGAACAGUGAUUGCUACUUUCGAACUGAUAUUAUUACUAAACAGUGAUUGCUACUUUCGAAUUGAUAUUGUUACUGAACAGUGAUUGUUACUUUCGAACAGAUAUUGUUACUGAACAGUGACUGAUACUUUCGAACUGGUAUUGCUACAGUGAUCGAAUUAGAAUCACUGAACUGCUAUUGCUACAGUGAUCGAAUUAGAAUCACUGAACUGCUACUGUUACAGUGAUCGAAUUAGAAUUACUGAACUCGUAUAUGUACUGUGUUCGAACAAAAACACUGAACUUCUCUAUAGCUACUGUGAUCGAACUCAAAUUACUGAACUGCAAUUGCGAUUGUAAAUCACUGAUAUUUACAAAAAUUGAUCACAGUUGCUAUAUGUGAUUUUUCAAUCACAGUGAAAAAAUCACCGGUAGUGAAAUAUCGCUCAUCACUACUGCAGAAAUAACUGCAUAUUGUAUUUGUAACCAUAAAUAUUGUAACAAAUCACAAGCCGUAUAUUUUUUAUUAUACACAUUUAUUAUAAAUAAUUUAACAAUUAUAUAAUUAAUAUUUUCCAAUAGCAAAUGUAUGGAUAUUUUGUUUUCCGUUGUGUGGCUAUGCAAUAAGAAUUGAGAUACAUAUGUAUAUGAAAAUUAAAAAUAUAUGCAUGCAAAAUAUGCGUUAGAAAUAAAAAUUAAGUUUGUUCACCAAAUUAUAUUAGUAUAAAUAAAUAUUGCAGUGAUUUGUUGUUACAUUUAAAGUUUUUCAAGUGUUUGAUUCAAGUUUGCUACCAGCAGGCGGUACAUUACACGGCAAGUGUAGUUAGACUAUUUCUUUAGAUGUGGAAGAAACUUGUUGCAGUCGGAGGUACAUAUACAUACAUACAUACAUACAUACAUACAUACAUACAGAGGUAGGUAGUCACCGCUAUUAGUUACGGAAGAAGAACUAAUGGCCAUAGUAAAAAAAAAAAUUAAAAACAACAAAGCGCCUGGAAUAGAUGGUAUACCAAACAGAGCCCUAAAGGAAGCUAUAACUUUGAAACCCACCCUGUUCACUAAUAUGUACAAUGCAUGCAUAAAAGAAGGAGUGUUCCCCGACCCCUGGAAACAAAGGAAACCACCGAAGGAACCUUCAUCGUAUCGACCCUUGUGUAUGCUCGACACAAUGGGUAAAGUAUACGAAAACAUUAUACGAAACCGCUUGGAAGUUGCGAUCCAGGAAGCCGGCGGAUUAUCUGAGAGACAAUACGGCUUCAUAAAACGCAGCUCCACUAUUGACGCACUAAAGGAAGUCGUUGUCACUGCAAAAGAUGCAGUCAGUGAAAAAGAUGGAAAGGUGGUACAAAAAAAUACUGCGCACUUAUUACCCUGGAUGUUAAAAACGCGUUCAACUCCGCAAAAUGGGCAAACAUUAUCAACAUCUUAUAUGUAAUGCGCGUCCCCCAAUACCUCAUUAACAUAAUAAUAAGUUAUUUUAAAAACAGAAAACUAAUAUUUGACACGGACGAAGGCACGAAGAGCUAUUUUAUUUCGAGUGGAGUACCGCAAGGAUCGGUCUUAGGCCCCCUCUUAUGGAACUUGAUGUAUGACGGGGUACUAAGAAUACAACAACCAAAGAGCAGUGGCCAAGCACCUCGAUGACCUCAAGAGAAAAUGCAAUGAAUGCAUCAACGGUUUACGCCAAUGGUUUUCUUCCAUGAGUCUGGAACUAGCAGAGCAUAAAACUGUAGUGUUGUUCAUAAGCACAAGGAAAAUUGAGGAAAGAUGAACAGUCACUAUUGGGGAGUGUGAGAUUAUCUCACAGCCACAGCUGAAGUACCUGGGGGUAAUAUUAGACUCAAGGUUAAAAUUCAAGGAGCACUUGGCGUACUCGUCGAACAAAGCAAACAAAAUUUAUAACGCCUUAUCAAGAAUGAUGGCGAAUAAGGGCUGCGUGCGUUACGGCCGAAGAUUUUUAAUUGCAAAGGCUAUGAGCUCUGUAAUUUUGUAUGCGGCGCCAAUAUGGAUUCAGGCGUUAGAUGUUAAAGCGUAUGCGAGACCAAUAAACGCAAUACAUAGACUGUCGGCAAUAAGAGUAAUAAGUGCUUUCCGAACCAUAUCUAGCGAUGCUGCUGAAGUGUUGGCCAGCAUGCCGCCUAUUGACAUCCAGGGAGAGCAUAUGGUAGCAGCGCCCCCCUCAGAGAAUAAAGAGUUAGACGAGAGGAAAACGAGCAUCUUGAAGGGGCAGCAACGGUGGGAAGCCUCAACUAAAGGACGGUGGACACACAGACUAAUACCAGACAUCCACUCGUGGAUUUAUAGAAAGCUUGGUGACCUUGAUUUCCACCUGACCCAAAUGUUAAGUGGUCACGGGUGCUUCAGAAGUUACCUAUACAAAUUCCGUAAUGACGUUAGUCCGUACUGUCCGGUGUGUGCAGAGUCCGUAGAAGACUCUGAGCACGUAUUUUUCUAUUGCCCUCGCUUUUUAGAGAUAAGGGAAAAUUUGAUAACAACCAUGGGUGGUAACUUGACGGUGGAAAAUUUGACUGCACUUAUGUGUCAGUCCUCUGAUAAUUGGAAAGCUGUUAGCGAAGCGGCAGCUAUAAUAAUGACAGAAUUGAGACAUAUACAACAGGCUAGGCGUCAGUCAGUCCGCGCUAUAGAGGAGACUUAAAUUGUCUUGACACUCCCAUGAAGUAAUACUUAAUCCGGUGGUUCCGUGGGAGUGUUUUGUGCUGGGAGUAGGUUAGGUUUAGCGGAUUAAAGUUCCGCACUUCGGCUUUCGAUGCUUCCCCCUACUAUAAAAAAGGUAGGUAUUUACACAUCAAACGUCUUUUACAAAUUUCACAGAAAAAGCUUUUGCUGUUUGCUAUGUUGUUAUAAACCUUGAUCAAUUCCUGAGAGAAUGAAGUCAUUUUGGCAAGAAUAGCUAGAAAAUGGCGAAGAUAUAAGGAAAUGAACUACAGAUCCGAAGUAGUCAAAAGUAUUUACACACAACUUGAACACUAUUAUCCUGUUAUUUUUUAAUAAUAUUUUUUUUUUUUAAUUUUAAUGUUUAGUCUAAGUUACUAUCCUAAGGUGAUAAACUUAUAAUGGGUUACAUCGCUUUUGGCAUCAAUAACAGCCUGUUAUCUGUUUCGAAUUGAUUCAAUCCAAUUUUGCGCUAAGUUAACUGUUAAUUUAUACCAAAUGUCGGAAAUUUCGGCGUUUUCGGUUAUUAUAUCAAUUCUCCUCUGAUAUUUAACGAAACCCCAAACAUUUUCAAUAAAGUUUAGGUCGGGGCUUUCCGGAGGUCAACUUGAUUUGCUUCACUUAAAAGUUUUGCUUGUAACGAUCCUUUAUGAAAUUGAGCAUUGUCCUGUUGUAAAAUGUAGUCAGUAGUUGAAAAGGCCGACUUACCACUACAAUGGCAUGGCCAUGUGAAUUCUGAUAUAUCCGGAUGAUUUAGAGUCCCUAAAUUAGUACUAUAUCUCCAGAACUUAAGUAAGGAAAACUUCCCCAAAAAAUCAUAAUGUCACCUCCGACUCUGUUUAGCGCCUAAACUGCAUAUUUCUUAUUUUCACGUGGGUAAUGCAUAAAGCGUUUGCUAAAUAAGCCCUGGAACCAACAUUCAUCAUUAUCUGUUCACGACAGGCUCCAGGAUCUAAUUUAAGGCAAAUGACUGGCAUAUCGCUUUUUUAUUUUCGGAAAUAUUGACCAAUUUUCGCCAAACGUCUGGUAUUCAGGUUAACUUUUUUAAUGUCCUCAGCAGUGUAGUAUCAUUGACUGUUCAUGCAAUAAGCUGAUUCGAUGCAGAACUAAUUGUGUGAUUUUGUAUGACAGUUCCCACUAAUCUUCUGCAUCCCCUUUGAGUUAUCACAUGUUUACGCCCAGUUAUCUUUAAAUUGCCCUGGAUAGAACAUUAUAAAAAGUAUUCCAUCAAAUUCUAUAAAUCUUAACUAACUCCGAAGCCGAAUCCCCAGUCUUAAACUUAGAAACAGUCUCCAAUCUAGUUAUAAUCGAUAAUUCCUUUGUUUUCGGCAUUUUAUUUACUAAUUUUUAUAUUUUAAGGCUGAGUUACUUUGUUAUGAAUGCAAUUACUACUCUUGCUCAAACCAAAUCCAAGCAUAAAGGCUAAAUCGCCGUGUGUAAAUAAUUUUGAUACAAAAAAAUUUGUGUAUAAACUUUUGACUACUGCGAGACAUCAGUUCUUUGCCAAUUUCUCUGUCAAAUGUCCAGCUAUUAUAUUAUAUUUUCACCAAACUAACUUUGUUCGCUUAGAAAUGAAUAAAGGUUUCCCACACCAUAUGAUUUUGUUUCAUGGCAACAAGAAAAAGCUUUCUCUGCGGAAUUUGUAAGAAACGUUCGAUGUAUAAAUAAUUUUGACAACCUCUGUAUAUAGAUUUUCAGCUUUAUUUUCCAACAGCGAGUUGCGAUCCAAACGAAUUCAUAAAUAAACAUUUAUUUGGUUGACUUCUAUAAUUACAAUUACUAAUGUAUACAAAGACAUGUGAAUUGCAUUUAAUACAAUUUGGCCUACAUGGAUUUUAAUAUCAAGCGGUAAUUCUUAUGUUUAUGUUUAUGUUAUGUUUAUCUUAUUAUUUUUAUACACGCGACACCAUUAAAUGCUUUAAUAGCAAUUCAUAACAUUAUAUUCUUUGAAAAGAUUUAUUAUAUAUACUAUAUAACGGCAUCUCAAACUCACUGCGUACCGCUGCAGCCGAAACAAUUGGUUUUCGGCAACGACAAAAAACAAGCUGGUACGAUGAGGAGUGCCGUCUCGCAGCGGAGAGAAAACAGACUGCAUACCUCGCAACAUUGCAAACGACCACAACACGUGCGGGAUGGGAUAGAUACCGAGAGCUGAAGAGGGAAGCGAGACGCAUUUGCAGACAAAAAAAGAAAGAGGCCGAAAUGCGUGAGUACGAAGAGCUUGAGAAGCUGGCAGACAGAGGGAAUGCUCGAAAAUUUUAUGAAAAAAUGAAGCGACUUAACGAAGGUUUCAAGACCGGAGCAUCCUCAUGUAAAGACCAAGGUGGUAAUCUACCGAUGUCCAGGGCAUACUGGGAUUAUGGAGGGAACACUUCUCCGACCUGCUGAAUGGCAGUGAGAGUACAACACCAGGAGAUGGCGAACCCGAUCCCCCAAUCGAUGACGAUGGAACAGAUGUUCCAUUACCCGACCUUUCUUCAUGGCAAUUACCCGAAUAGCAAUUACCCGCUUGAAGAACAACAAAGCAGCGGGGGCCGAUAGAUUACCGGCAGAACUAUUCAAAUACGGCGGCGAAGAACUGAUAAGGUGCAUGCAUCAGCUUCUUUGCAGAAUAUGGUCGGAAGAAAGCAUGCCUGACGAUUGGAAUCUCAGUGUGCUCUGCCCAAUCCAUAAAAAGGGAGAUCCCACAAUCUGCGCCAAUUACCGUGGGAUCAGCCUCCUAAAUAUCGCAUACAAGGUUCUAUCGAGCGUAUUGUGUGAAAGAGUAAAGCCCACCGUCAACAAACUGAUUGGACCUUAUCAGUGUGGCUUUAGACCUGGAAAAUCGACAACUGACCAGAUAUUCACCAUGCGCCAAAUCUUGGAAAAGACCCGAGAAAAGAGGAUCGACACACACCACCUUUUUGUCGAUUUUAAAGCUGCUUUCGACAGCACGAAAAGGAGUUGCCUUUACGCCGCGAUGUCUGAAUUUGGUAUCCCCGCAAAACUAAUACGGCUGUGUAAAUUGACGUUGAGCAACACCAAAAGCUCCGUCAUGAUUGGGAAGGACCUCUCCGAGCCGUUCGAUACCAAACGAGGUUUCAGACAAGGUGACUCACUAUCGUGAGCUGGAAAAAACCUGAUGCUGGAAAAAAUUAUAAGAGCUGCAGAGCUAAACCGAGAAGGUACAAUCUUCUACAAGAGUGUACAGCUCCUGGCGUACGCCGAUGAUAUUGAUAUCAUCGGAAGCAACAACCGCGCCGUUUGUUCUGCUUUUUCCCGCAUGGAUAAGGAGGCGAAGCGAAUGGGUCUGGAGGUGAAUGAGGACAAGACGAAAUAUCUCCUGUCAUCAAACAAACAGUCGGCGCAUUCGCGUCUUGGCUCCCACGUCACUGUUGACAGUCAUAACUUCGAGGUCGUAGAUAAUUUCGUAUACCUGGGAGCCAGCAUCAACAACACGAACAAUGUCAGCCUCGAAAUCCAGCGCAGAAUAACUCUUGCCAACAGGUGCUACUUUGGACUGAGUAGGCAAUUGAACAGUAAAGUCCUCUCUCGACGAACCAAAAUCAAGCUCUACAAGUCGCUUAUCAUUCCCGUCCUGCUUUACGGUGCAGAAGCUUGGACGAUGUCAACAUCAGAUGAGACGACACUAGGAGUUUUCGAGAGGAAAAUUUUGCGCAAGAUUUAUGGUCCUCAGAACAUUGGCAACGGCGAAUACCGCAGACGAUGGAACGAUGAGCUGUACGAGUUAUACGACGACAUUGACAUAGUUCAGCGAAUAAAAAGACAGCGGCUACGCUGGCUAGGUCAUGUUGUCCGAAUGGACGAAAACACUCCAGCCCUGAAAGUGUUCGAUGCAGUACCCGCCGGAGGAAGCCGAGGAAGGGGAAGGCCUCCACUCCGUUGGAGGGACCAGGUGGAGAGCGACCUGGUUACACUUGGGAUCUCCAACUGGCGCCGAACUGCGAAGGAGAGAGACAGGUGGCGCACUAUCGUCGAUUCGGCUAUAACCGGCUAAACGGUUGCAACGCCAAUCACAUACACAUAAUCCAUAAUUAUUGAAAUCAUGCUGCAGCAACUGUUUCAGCUGUUUGAAAUUUCUUGAUCGGUAGUUCUUUCAGCAGCAAGUGUAGCGGUGUAGUUUUAAAUUUUUAAAAGCAACCAACUUCGUUCGUAAUAGCAGUGACAGAAGAGCAAAAUUAAUGCGCCUUAAGAAAUGUUAAUGCGAAUUAAAAUUUUAUGCUGACAGACGCCAAGUUUAUGCAUUUAGACAGCUUCUUGAGAAAUCUGUUAAUUCAUUAAAAAAGUGAAUCUUUCGCAACAAAAGUUGCUAAAGAGAGUAUUAUAGUUUUGUUCACAUAACGGUUGUUUGUGUCACCCAGAAAUAAAAUAUAUAUAUUAUAUUUUUCGAUAUAAGGUUAUGUAUAUAAAAAUGAUUAUGUUGACGAGACGAGUUGAAAUCCGGAUGUCCAUCUGUCCGUGCGACGGAUUGAGUAAAAAUUAGAUAUCUUGACGAAACUUGGUACACAUAUUCCUUGGCACCCUGAGGAGGUUGGUAUUGAAUGGGCGAAAUCAGACCAUUGCCACGCCCACAAAAUGGCGAAAACCAAAAACCAAUAAAGUGUCAUAACUAAGCCAUAAAUAAAGUUAUAAAAGUAAAAUUUAGAAAAAACCAGUAAAGCUAUUUAAACCAAACUUUCUGCUGUCGGUUCCCUUAAGUACCCCACCAUACAUCAUGAAAAUAGUUGAAAUCGGAUAAUAACCAUCUUCCAUACAAAGGUUAGGUUGAAAAUUACUAAAAGUGCGUUAACUCAUUAACGAAAAACGUCAGAAACAUUCAAUUUUACAGGAGAAAUGGCAGAUAUAAACUACACUCAAUUUUUUUACAAAAAUAAGUGGCAUCCACCACUUAUUGGUCAAAAACCAUAUCUCAGGAACUACUCGACCGAUUUCAAUGAAAUUCGGUAUAUAAUAUUUCCUUGACACCCUGAUUCCACGGAUAAAAUCGGUUUGCAACAACGAAUACUUCCCCUAUAACUCAAUUUUGAAUUCCUUCUCAUUCCUUCACUUUAUAGUGUAUACAUAAGGAACCGAUGAAGAUAGUAUAAUAAAACUUUGCACAAAUACUAUAUAUCAUUUGUGGCUUCACUUCUGGAAAACUUGCCCUCAGUCUUCAUAUACCAUAUAUAAUGACUUUCGUUAUUUUAUUGGUUAGGUUAGGUUAGGUUUGUAGGCAGAUCUCUGCAAGACAGAAAGAUGUCACUUAGACAGCCUGGCGCUGUCCAUUGUGGUACCAAUAAAACUCCCCGUGGAUCAAAGACCUUUAAGAUUCAGCAAACCGCUUGGAAUCCGUUACAAAUUUCUUAAGACUGGUAAUAUCGAUUCUAGCCAAUUCGCUAGGAUCGUCGAAAAAGGGCUUUCGGAGGUGUUUCAACCUCAGUCUGGCAAAAGCUGGACAGUGCAGUAGGAAAUGCUUAGAUGAUUCCAUCUCGCCUUCCUCCAUACAGCUUUGGCAACUAGCAUCUGCCACGAUCCCAAGUCUAACCGCAUGGGUACCCAUUGGACAAUAUCCAGUAAGUACCCCUAUGAUUGCGCUGAGAUGGACCUUGCCCAGAGAAAGCAGUUGAAAGGACCGCUUACGCUCCACAGAGGGCCAAAAGGACCUCGCUACUGCACAAGUGGACCAUGGACUACCAAUGCACUCCCAUUCCGACGUCAAUGUAGCUAGGGUACCCUCCCUUGCAAGCUUGUCUGCUAUGCAGUUACCAGCGAUCCCGCGGUGACCGGGUACCCACACUAGUCGGAUUGCAAAAUAGCUGGAAGCUAUUGAUAAGGAUCUAAGAUACUCCUUAACUAGCACAGAGCGUACCGUCAUCGAUUCCAAUGCCAGUAUUGCCGCCCUGCUGUCGGAGUGAAUACAUACCUCUCUAAAAGAGUUCACCAUAAGAAGCAGUGGGUCCACUGCUACUUUGAUCGCAGCGACCUCUGCUUGGAAGACACUACAGUGGUCAGGUAGCCUAAAGCUGGUAUUGAUAGAAAGCUUUCUGCAGAAAACUCCCCCUCCCACCUUUCCCCUAAGCUUCGAUCCAUCCGUGAAAAAGCUGACUGCACUUUUCCUCCAUUGAUUUCUACCUACCCACAUAUCCCUCGUAGGUACAUGUGUAGAGAAGAAGCCUCUAGGGGACGGUUCCGCAGUGCAGUGGUCCAAGUAGUCAGGGAUGCAAUCGAACCGACGGAGAAUCUCAGAAUGCCCCUGCUUGGGACUUAGCGCUCCGCUGAUUCCAAAGGGAGCCGCUCUUUGGACACGCUCUAGCUGCUUAGCUAAUGU